CUGUCCAUCCGAUCUAUUUGUUUACAGAAACAUUGCAUGCAUUUAUCAUCCAUCAUCAUUGGAAUGCUGAGGGGACCGAGGGUGCUGAUGAUGCUGCUGUCCGUGCUGCACGGAACCGGCGUAGCAUCAACGGGCUCAUCCCGGUACCGCGUGCACCCCCAGGCAGGGUUCGGUAUCGCUGAUCCUGCGGCAAAGGUGCACUAUACAUCGUCUGUCAUUCAGUGUGCUCAGCGGUGCUCGAUUUCUGGCUCAUCUGUCUUCUCCGUCACUGAAGAAAACACAGGAAAAGUGAGAUGCAGAAUUGCAUCGUCUGGCUUCCGAGCUGAGAACCUCACCGCCGGCGCCGCUGCUGCAGGAGAAACAACCUACGUCGACGAACUUACCACUGCCGCAACAACUCAAGGACGGUGUCUGACUGCUGCGGAUAUCGACUGCACUACGGCUCCAGGGACUUACUUCUACCAUCCGACCGACUGCAAUAAGUACCUGCUGUGCAUUUUGGGCACCGGCCCACCGUACACAGCUUCAUGCUCAACUGGCACCUUCUUUCAGAUGGACACCAAAAAAUGUGUUACGACUAAGCCUGCGAAAUGUUCCUGCCAGACGUCCAUCUAAUACAGGGGUUGAGAAACCCUUAAUUACCCUUUUACUCGUCGGUCACUUUUAGGAUAUUUAUAUUUAAAUCGAGCUCUUCUUUGCACACACACAGAUUCAAGUACGCAAAAUCUAAACUUCAUUCAUUCUUGUUUAUGUUGGAUGGAAAAUGAAUGUUAAUAACCUGUAAAUUCCU